AUGUCUGACGAAAUCAUCUGGCAAGUCAUCAACCAGCAGUUCUGUGCCUUCAAGUUGAAGACCACCAAAGAGCAGAAUUUCUGUCGUAACGAAUAUAACGUCAGUGGUUUGUGCUCCAGACAGUCCUGUCCGUUGGCCAACGCCAAAUACGCCACAGUCAAGAAUGUUGACGGGAAACUAUACUUGUAUAUGAAGACGGUUGAAAGAGCCCACACACCAUCCAAGUUAUGGGAGAGAAUCAAGUUGUCCAAAAACUACACCAAGGCCUUGGACCAAGUUGACCAGCAUUUGUUAUACUGGAAGAAGUUCUUGAUCCACAAGUGCAAGCAGAGAUUAACCAGAUUGACACAGGUCGCGAUCACUGAGAGAAGAUUAGCUCUUAGAGAGGAGGAGAGGCACUACGUCGGUGUCAAGCACAAGGUCAAGAGAAGAGAGGAGACGAGAGAGAGAAAGGCCCUCACCGCUGCCAAGAUCGAGAAGUCGAUCGAGAAGGAAUUGUUAGACAGAUUGAAGAGUGGUGCCUACGGUGACAAGCCAUUGAACGUGGAUGAAAAGAUCUGGAAGAAGGUCUUGGGGACCGUGGAAGACGAAGACGACUUGUCCCAGGACGAAUUGAACGAAGACGAGUAUGAUGACGUUGAGUUGCAGGAUGAAGAGGAUGACAGUGACGUUGGUGAGGUUGAAUACGUGGAGGACGACAUGGAAGAUGAUGAGGAUCUUGUUGACGUGGAAGACUUGGAGAGAUGGUUGGGCAACUCCGACUCCGAGUCUGACGAUGAGUCAGACUCGGACGAUGGCUCUAAGAAGAGAACUAAGAAGCUAGCCGCCUCUGACGACAAGCGUGCAAAGAGACGUGCCAGAGUUGAAGUUGAAUACGAAGAGGAGCCUAUCGUUGCCAACACUAUCAAUGCUUGA